AUGGAGCUAGCUCAAAUGGCAGAAACCACACCCGUUCAGCUCGUCUGCUACAGUCUCCUCUGCGUCCUUGUCGUCACCAUAGUCCUCAAGCUCAAGCUCAAGAUCAGACCAGACUCUGCCGGCCGUCUGAACCUGCCUCCCGGCCCAUGGGCGCUGCCGGUGAUCGGCCACAUGCACUUCCUGCUGGGCGCCCUGCCGCACCAGGCCAUGCGCAGUCUCGCCCGGCGGCAUGGGCCCGUCAUGCUCCUCCGCCUGGGCCACGUCCCGACGCUGGUGCUCUCCUCCUCGGAGGCGGCAAGGGAGGUGAUGAAGGUCCAUGACGCCGCCUUCGCCAACCGGCCCGUGUACGCCACCGCGGACGUCCUCACCUACGGAGGGCAGAACAUCUCCUUCGCACGCCUCGACAGCCGGCACUGGAAGACCGCCCGGAAGCUGUGCAGCGUGGAGCUGCUCAGCCCGAGGCGCGUCCGCUCCUUCCGCCCCAUCCGGGAGGAGGAGGCGGCGAGGCUCGUGCGGUCCGUCGUCGCUGAUGCCGGCACCGCGGCCGCCGUCAACGUCAGCGAGAGGGUGAAGGUGAUGAUGAACGACGUCAUCAUGAGGGUCUCCGUCGGCGACCGGUGCCAGCAGCGGGAGCUGUACCUGGAGGAGCUGGACAGGGGGCUGGGCGUCUUGUCCGGGUUCAACCUGACCGACCUGUUCCCGACGUCGCGCCUGGCACGGGCGCUCGGCGGUAGGUCCCUGAGGGCGGCAUGGGAGGUGCGCGAGAGGAUCCAGUCCAUCUUGGACGCCAUGGUCGAGGACCACAAGAGGGCGAUGGAGAGCGAGGAAGCCACUGCCGCCGGCGCCGGCCAUGAGAACGAGGACAUCCUCACCACCCUGCUGCGGUUCCAGAGGGACGGUGGGAUGGGCGGCAUCGCCCUCACGAACGAGAAUGUCAACGGCAUCUUGUUCGACAUUUUCUCCGCCGGGUCAGAGACGACGGCGACGACCACCGUCUGGGCCAUGUCGGAGCUUAUCAGGAACCCACGGACAAUGGCCAUCGCACAGUCUGAAGUGCGGCGAGUGCUCCAAGGCAAGACCAAGGUGGCCGAGGCGGACAUCGACGGCCAGCUCCACUACCUCCAGAUGGUAAUCAAGGAGACCUUCAGGUUGCACCCUCCGGUGCCGUUGCUCCUCCCGAGGCUGUGCACGGAACAGAAAAAAAUCAUGGGCUACGACGUGCCUCCGGGCACCACGGUGUUUGCAAACGUGUGGGCCAUCGGCAGGGACGAGAAGAGCUGGACCGACGCGAGCGAGUUCAAGCCCGAGAGGUUCGAGGUCGAGAAGGUGGACUACGGUGGUACCGACUUCAGGUUCCUCCCUGGUGGCGCCGGUCGAAGGAUGUGCCCUGGUAUGAUGUUUGGUGUGUCCAACAUGGAGAUUGCUCUCGCGAGCCUUCUCUAUCACUUCGACUGGAGGCUCCCCGAUGGUGCGAGUCCGGAGAAGCUUGAUAUGACCGAGGCAUAUGGGAUCACGGCGCGUCGGAAGACUAACCUCUUGUUGGAAGCUACUGUUUUUGUGCCUUAG